CCUGUCUGAUCGUGACCGUUUCAAGAUGUUAAAUCCUGGUUGGCAGCUGAACUUCAGGGCAUCAUGGUCAAUGUGACGCCCAGUAUAGACCCAGCAGUGGCCCACGAGAGGUACAACUACCUCGCGUUGAUAUGUGGCGUGCCUCUCAUCCUCAUCAUCAUCUUGGGGAACGUCCUUGUGUGCCUCAGUGUGUUGACUGAACGCUCCCUCAAAACUGCAACUAACUACUUCAUCGUCAGUUUGGCUGUGGCUGACCUCCUGCUGGCUGUGCUGGUCCUCCCGCUCUACGUCUACUCUGAGUUCCUGGGAGGCAUGUGGACUCUGAGUAUGUACAUCUGUGACGCCCUAAUGACUAUGGAUGUGAUGCUCUGCACUGCUUCCAUUUUAAAUCUAUGUGCAAUUAGUGUGGACAGGUACAUUGCAGUAGUGGUCCCUCUGAAGUACAACAGGAACCAAUUUAGUGCUCGUCAGCUAGUCUUGAUCACAGCCACCUGGGUGCUUUCCCUGGGCGUAGCCAGUCCUGUCAUAUUCGGCUUGAACCAGGUACCAAACAGGAACCCUCAUGUGUGUAAGCUGGAGGACAACCAGUUUGUGGUCUACUCCUCCAUCUGCUCCUUCUUCGUCCCCUGCCCUGUCAUGCUCCUCCUGUACUACUGGAUAUUCAGGGGACUAAAGCGAUGGAGCUCUGGCUAUAGCCGGUCACACCUCCACCGGCCACCCAGAGGGCGUAGGAGCCUGUCUUUGCGACUAGGAGCAGCUUUACAGAAGGAGAAGGGACGGGCAAGGGAGAAAGUAGUGUACCUCAUGCCUGCAGGUCUUAGUCCGACAUCUCUCACCGCUUCCCCGACUACUCCAAUCUCCCCAGCCAGCCCGGUUACCCUUAUCACAGACGAGCAUGCAGAAGGUCAGACGCCGGCAGCAGAGAGUGACCCCAUGACCACCCAGAUGGACAGUGUAUCGGACGCAGAGAACCCUAAGUGGGCCACUGAGGAUGAGAGCGGCCGGGAGAACGGUGUGGGGAAGAACCAUCAGCCUCAUGCGGGACGACGCCACAGCAAGGGCAACAGGGUGAGCAGACGGGAGCGGAAGGCGAUGAGGGUGCUGCCUGUGGUUGUGGGUGUGUUUCUGGCCUGCUGGACUCCUUUCUUCGUGGUCCAUGUGACUAAGGCGCUGUGUGAGUCAUGUGACAUCGGGCCGAUGUUGAUCAGUGUGGUCACGUGGCUUGGUUAUGUGAACAGCGCCGUCAACCCUAUCAUCUACACUGCCUUCAAUGUGGAGUUCAGGAACGUCUUUCACAAACUGCUCUGCUGUCGCUCUGACUUUUAG